AUGGCUGACCGCUUCUCCCCUCGGCCAACUUUCUGCCCGACUGGUCAUGCAUGCGCUGCCGCCCACAAGAUGGGAAAAGAAAGUAGGCACGUCUGCCACUGCACAAAUGAAAUCGGCGUCAAGGUCCUGAUCCAACCGCCGCGGAGGCCAUCCCACUCUGCCAGGGGUUCGCUUUGCAAGAAGGGCCUUGGUGAUCAAAGUUGCGUUUCACCAGUCCACGUUCAGCCCACUUUCCGUCAACCUCGCAAGGGCUGGUGGGGCCCUUUGGUCCUCGUCUCCCAGCCCGUCCAGCCGCAUUAG